UCAGAACAAAACAAUGCUGACAAAACAAAUCCCGUCACCCUGUAUAAAAUUCGCAGCAUGCCUCUGCAUCCCUCAACGUUCACGCUUGACGUCGACUGCACAUACCCCAACCAUCACUAUGUCGCCCAUUCCACAGAGCGAAUCCCCGGCCUAUUCCACCUCAGAGCCACCGGCCUUUGACAUUUAUGAUCAGAGUGACGAUGUUAGCCUGCUAUCAUCUUCGUCAGAAAAGGGCCUCACGACAUAUAUGCCAUCGGUGAUGGAGGAUGUCAAAUUGCAGCCGCAAGAAGUCGAUGAGCAAUCGCAGAAAUUCACAUUUGUGACAAAGUACAAAGAUCUCGGUGUCGGUGCGAUCUUUAUGAUGCAGUUGGUUGCUGCAACUGCCAUCAACGCGGUCGGCAUUGUAAACUUCACUGGGAGCAGCAUAUCAAUGUUUUCUAUGACAGACUCGAAUACCCCCCAAUAUCCAGCAGGCAAAAUCCACCCUACGGCAUACAUCUUGCCAAUCACGUUCGUCGUUUCCGUUGCUCUUUGCCUCGUUCUAUUCACCGCCCUCCGUAAGAAUGCACAGGCCACUACCUAUGCCGCCUUAUUUACGCCUGUUGCCCUGUUGAUUCUAACUGGAGCGGCUCUCCUCCCUUUCCACGGACCCUUGGGGGUGGUCUUCCUCAUCCCUGGUCUUGUCCUCGGAUAUCUGAUCCACAUCUGGCGAAACAGAAUUGGAUUCGCGGUUGCGAUGCUGGAGACAAUCACUACCGUCAUCAAAAUAUACCCCUCUAUGUACGCCGCAUCUGUCUUGGCAUUGCUGGCGCAGCUUGCCUACUUUGCAUUCACUAUUGCUGGAUUUAUUGGGUUUUUCUUUUAUCGACUACGGAAGCUUGAAUGGGAAGUUGAUGCGGACGGCAACAUCGUUGGGAUUGACAUUGAUCUCGCUCCCGGCACUGAUGUCGCCUUGACAUUUUUGUUUGUCUCGGGAUAUUGGACUAUGCAAUUUAUUCCCAACGCUUUACAAGUGAUUCUUUCUGGAGUUUUUGCUAGUCACUAUUUCGGAGGCGCCGUCCAACCUGCUCCUCUGAAAAGUGCCGCGCAUCGUGCCCUUACCACCAGCUUCGGCCCGAUUGCCUUCGGAUCGUUUGUCAUUCUCAUCGCUCAAGCUAUCUACUCUUGCGUUCUAUCCGUGACCCGCAGCAACCCCCUCAUGCACGCCUGCUGCCAAUGUGGAUUGGGUUUCGUCCUUAGCUUUCUUGAAUAUGUCAACAAGUACGCUUUUGCUCAGGUCGCAAUCUACGGUAAGGACUACGUCUCCGCCGCUAAGGACACGUGGAACCUCUUCAAGUCGUCUGGAGUGACCCUCAUCAUCAACGAUAACCUGGUUAAUUUUGUCAUGGGGUCCUUGGCAUGCACGGUUGCACUGAUUUCCGGUUACCUUGGCGCCUUCCUCGCAUUUAUCUCCAUUCCAGACUAUCGCAGCUACUCAUCCUGUGCCGACCCUGACGCCUGCGAAAACCAAGCCGCUGCCAUUUCUGCAGAGAUCACCACAAUCGGGUUGGGAUGUGCUCUUAUUGGCGCUGUCAUCAUGCAAAUCUUGAUCAAGGUCAUUGAUGCAGGAGUUGCUACCACAUUCGUUGUUGUGGCUGAGGAUAGGCAGGUAUUGAAGAGGGGAUUCCCCUCUUUCUAUGAAAAGUUGAAGAGCGUAUACCCCCAAGUGACUGAGAACUGGACCGAGGAUGGGCUUUAAAGCACCUCGCUUAUACAACUAUAGCAUUGGGACAUGUGCCUAGUUCAUACUCUCUUCAUAGCCAUAUAUGUGUCUAGUUCACCUUUAUUUGUGCAAGACUCGUUUCCGUGACAUGCCUCGAAUAUCUGAUCUACCAGUGCAAAUUGACUACUUUGAUUUUCAUUCUCUAAUGAAG